AUGCAGUACUCUACCAUCUUGCUCAGCGCUCUCUUUGCCACCUCUGCUAUGGCACAACCAGCUCGUCGCCAAGCUUCAGACACCUCCAUCAGAGUCCAACUCUCUGGACCCGGCGAGUUAGCAACUCAGACCGCUUUCGAGGAGGGCUCACGCCAAGUCAAGCGCCCUGUAGGCUCCAGCGGUCCCUAUGACACUGUUGCUCUAGAAGUCGGCAAAGGCGUCAAGCAGCAAGGCCUCCGCUGCCAAGUACGCGACGAACAUAACAAGCCCAUUGUCGUUCUGCGCGGCGCCAACCGCGACACCACCUUCGCUGACGGCGAUGCUGGAUCCUGGUCCUUCGAGGGCGGCGCCCAGAACGUCAUCGCCAUCAUCUGCGACCCAGCCUUCGUGAAGGGCAUAGCGCCUCGCGCCAACAAGACCAUUGUCAAGCAGCCCAAGAUCAACGCCCGCAUCUCCGGUCUCAGCGAGCUGGCACGUAACAUCGCCUUCAACCAGGGUGGCCUUGUGCGCGAGGUCCAGCGCGUGGGUGGACCAGGCAUCAACACUUUCGAGCUUACUCUUGACGCUGCGGUCAAGAAGCAGGAUCUCAGGUGCCAGGUCCUUGACGCUGCCGGUGCGCCAGUCACUGGCAAGCGUGGUGCUAAUGUCGACAUCACUUUCGCUGACGGUGGAAAUGGUCCCUGGACCUUCAUCAACGCGCAGGGACAGAACAUCAAUGUUAACACCAGUGCUGUCAUCUGCGACCCGGCUUUUGUCAAAGCCUCUGCCUAA